CUCCUCGGCGGAGAGCUUGCAUAUACACAUCGCUAUUUCCACUUUUUUUCCUCCCCGAGUAGAUCUGCACGUAUACUCGUUGGCAAUAUACCUGUAUAGCGGCGCGACAAACAUGACGAGAGCAAGGAACAGCUGAUCCCCGCCCGCCCGCGCCCGCGCGCGCGCGCGAGAGAGCGAGCGAAGUGACGGCACACUGUGCAGUAGGUAGUGUGCACACGGAUCAGUCGUCGUCGUAUCCCGUCCGCAGCAGCAGCCAAGCGGGACGAUGCUUCAAGAACCGCGGCCUCGUCGCCCUUGACCUUCUAUCUCUCUCUCUCUCUCUCUUUUUCUGCCAGAGAAUUUUUGCUCCUCGCGUUGUUUUCCAUCUCGCCGCGAUAAAAAGCGCUGCACGAGCUGGGAGAGAACGAGAAAAAAGUAUGUUCCCGCCGUCGUCGUUCAGCUGCUGCAGUGCUUCGUCGUCGGUUCGGUUUUUCGGAGUCCUCGGUUUCUCGCUGGAGUGAUGGCCAUUGUUUCUCACGCGACUGGUGUCAGGUGUUGUUGCUCUCGUUCUCUUAUCAGCAGCCUCCAAGAUGACCCUGCCGGUGGCUCGUAAGCGCGACUCCUCCGUCAGCUUUACUCACGCCAAGGAUGAGAACAACGAUGCCAGCGACGAGAUACACAUCUCACUGGCUCCGUACAUCCAAACCUACCUGGCGCACAGUGGCCAGGGUUUGGGUUGUUGCGGAGUUGGAUUACCUGUACCCUUCGAGAGAGCCGCACCCAGGUCCUGGUGGAAUCCCAAGUUUGACUCUGAGAUUCUGGAGGGACAGUACAAGUGCAGCGCAUUUCCACAGAUUAGGCUGCGCUUCAGGUACGCGCUCACCUAUAUUCUUUUGAUAUCGGUUUCCUGGCUGGCUUAUUUUGUCAUCCUUGGAAUUGAAAACAACAGUAUAUUUUGGCCAUAUAUAGCAGUUAUGUUCACCGCUGUUGGUGCAAUGGUCUCGGCAAUUCUUUACCUCACUCACACAGACCACUACAGAAGUAUUGUCUUGCCUAUAUCUGUGGGAGUUGCCUUGAUGCUUUGUUGUUUAUCAAUAGUGUUUCUGGUCUAUGUGCCACCUGAUACAGAUGGCUUAACAUUGGUCGGACACUUUGCAUUGUGCUCAGAAAUUUUGCUGCUCAUAUACACAGUCUUGCCAAUGCCACUGUACGCGUGUACUCUAAUUUGCACACUGUAUUCAUUUCUCUUUGAAUUUCUAACUGCCUAUUAUUAUGGCUCGGAGAGCACCAAGCAGGAGUACUUUGACGUAGUAAUCCAAACACCAAAUGCUGUACGCCUAAACAUCGAAGAUGACAAACCUUUGGCAGGUCCAGAAAGUGCUUCUUCAAACAACUCAAACAGAUUACUGAGGCUUAAAAGACUCAUAAACGAUACCAACAACCUUAUCAACAGUACAGCCAGUAAAAUACCCGGAGUUCUACCCGUACUCGUGUCCAAUAUGAACACCAACCAUAAUCUUCUGAACGCCAGUGAGAGUGUCCAUUCUGUCGACAUUACUCUCACUCCGCACGAAGACAUAAACUUCGCAACGACGUUGGCCAUUCGCAUUUUAAUGCAGAUCUGUAUCCACCUCAUCGGCGUACACAUCCUCAUAAUGACGUUUGUGCGAAUGCGAGGCACCUUCAUGAAGGUAGGCCAGUCGCUUCUGGUUCGCCGACAGCUCGAGAUGGAGAAGCAGCUCAAGGAGAAAAUGAUACAUUCGGUGAUGCCGCCCAAGGUCGCUGACUGGCUCAUGGAAGAAAGUGAGAGAGAAAGGGAAAGAGAGGAUUCGCUAAAGAAGGGCUCCAUACCGUCCAACAACACCGACAUCCGCUCGCUGUUCCGUCCGUUUAAUAUGCACUCGAUGGACGACGUCAGCAUAUUGUUCGCUGAUAUUGUUGGCUUUACCAAGAUGAGUAGCAACAAGACUGCCGAGGAGCUGGUUGGGAUACUAAAUGAUUUGUUUGAAAGAUUUGAUGACCUGUGCGAACUUCACGGAUGCGAGAAAAUUUCUACUCUAGGAGAUUGUUAUUACUGCGUCAGUGGAUGUCCUGAACCCAGGCCUGAUCAUGCAAAAUGCUGCGUCGAAAUGGGAUUGGCUAUGAUCGAGGCCAUAAAGCAAUUCGACAUCGAGCGUAGGGAAGGAGUUAACAUGCGCGUGGGUGUACACACGGGUACUGUGCUCUGCGGCAUCGUCGGCACCAAGAGGUUCAAGUUCGACGUCUGGUCGAACGACGUCACUCUGGCUAACAAACUCGAGAGCACCGGCAAACCUGGGAGAGUACAUCUGAGCGAGAAGACGCUCAGCUUCCUCGAGGAGCAGUAUCUCACGGAAGACGGGGAGCCAGUCAACGGCAUCAAGACUUACUUUAUAAAAACCCGGAAGGCAGACUUUAUGUCGCAGUUCAUAAACAAUGUCAAUUCGCCAACGAGCAUCUCUCCAGUACUGCACGCACGUCACCGAUUGGCCUCUUGCAGCAAUCAAACAAAACCGCGGCCUCACUACCUGCAUAUGGUAACAAACUCGAGUAGCUACCGAAUGAAAGCUAACUCUUUGCCGAGCAUUCUCGACUCGGACAACGAUGCAGAUCAGGGCGAUGACAAGGAAGGCACCAACAAGUCGCCUACUUCGACAGCCAGUUACGGAAAGAAGAAGUCCGGUCGAAGUAAAGCUUGGAGGUAUUUGCAGCGUCAGCGUACAACCGAAGAGAUGACUCCGCUCGAUAGAGAGGACAGAAGAGGCGUUAUCGUCGCCGAGGCUAAUCAAGGACUGAUGGCUGCAUCUGCGACCUCUGCUUCUCUUGAGAGCAAUGGAUUGCAAAAGGCUACUGUCAGUAAUGGUGUAGAAAUGGAUCCCAAUCCAAUGCCUUCCAGUCCAUUACUUCCUGGGCAAGAUACAUUGAGUCAUGCAUCUUCUGUAUGCAGUAGGAAAGAUUCUGGCAUUCGUAGCAACAGUAGACGUAGUAGCAUACAGCAACAGUUGUUCCUGAUGAAUGGAAUGGCUCAAGGUGAUUUAUUGGGACCAAGAGUGAGUGGAUAUUAUACUUCGAGUUCGACGCUGAAUUCUACUCACGAGCCUUCAUCUUCGGUUCCGCCGUACCCGUUUCCUCCGGCUGUGACCGACACAUUCGGCGCGUGCUUUCACAAGCUCAGAAAGCAAUCUGACUUGCAGCUAAUAAGAUGCGUGCAGGACAACGUAUCAUCCCAAAGUUCGUACUUUGUCAAGCCGCCUCUAUCGAGUGUCACGCUGUUCUUCAAGAACAAGGAAAUGGAGAACGAGUACCGGGAGAAUGCUCACAAGGCCUCAGAGGGCAUCGGUGGCAAUCCGCCGACUCUCGCUACCUCGCGGUUCAACACUUACUUCGACAUCCUGAUCUCGGCCCUCGUUUAUACGGCCAUCACGAUAGCUCUAUUCCUGCUGUGCAAACCCACCGUUCAUUAUCUCGUCUUCUUUGGCCUCGCAACUCUUAUACAGAUUUUCGCUGUUACGCUGUGCAUCCGUCAAUUGUUCGACCCAAGUGCGAUGCAUGCUACGUUUGCUCAUCGAAUCUUUAAGUUUUUCUCCAAGUGGUAUCCAUGGCACGUCUGUGGCGCCUUUCUUGUCGGCCUGCCUAUCGUUUCUAUUCUUAUGAACUUUUCUUGCAACAGUUUACGCUCAAGCCUCAGCCACUUUGAGUAUUAUUAUAGCUACCUCGUCAUCGUUGGUCUCGUGCAUUUCUGCAACUUUACCCAACUAAACUGCUGGAUGAAGAAUCUUCUUGUGACCCUUACCGGGAUCCUAUUUAUCUGCCUUGUAAUGAGCCACGUAACGUACUACAAUCAACAACGGGUCAUUACGUUGCAACCGAAUGUAUCUAUGGAGCUAAAUGUUAAGUUAGGUAAUAACGACUCGUUUAACGAUCGUCCAGUAUUUCCCAUUCCACCCUUAAACCCCGACGAUUUGUCAAUCUCGAAUACUUUGAGACCUGAGCUACCGGAUGUCCCACCUGACGCGCCUAGCGAGGUCAUACAAGGAGAAACGGCCUCGAGAAGUGGAAAAGCUCGUAAAUAUAACGAGCGUCUAUAUAAUUCAGAAAUCUUUCUUGAUCUGGCAUUGCUACUACUUCUCGUCUGGUUUCUAAACCGAGAAUUCGAGAUCAGCUACAGGUUGAGUUUCCACGGUAACGCAGUGGCAGCACGUGACAAGAGUCGCGUUCAGUCAAUGAAGAACCAAGCUGACUGGCUGCUACAUAACAUCAUACCGAAGUACGUGGCUGAUCAGCUAAAGACCACCGCCAAGUACUCGCAGAACCACAAGGCGGUGGGUAUUAUAUUUGCUACUAUUGUGAAUUUCAAUGAGCUUUACGACGAAUCGUAUCUCGGGGGCAAGGAGUACUUGAGGGUGCUCAAUGAGUUAAUCGGAGACUUUGACGAGCUGCUUGAAAAGCAGGACUACUCAAACGUUGAGAAGAUCAAAACGAUCGGUAGUACUUUCAUGGCUGCUAGCGGUUUAAAUCCUCAGGUCAGACAACAAAGUGAACAUGAGCACACGCAUAUCUACCAGCUAUUAGACUUCGCGAUGGCUAUGCACAAGGUUAUUUAUGACUUCAACCAAGAUCUUCUCGGUUUCAAGCUAAUUCUUCGCGUAGGCUUUAAUUUCGGCGACGUAACAGCUGGAGUAAUAGGAUCCAGCAAACUAUACUACGAUAUAUGGGGUGAUGCUGUGAACAUUGCCUCAAGGAUGGACUCGACCGGCGUAGCCGGUGAAAUCCAAUUUGCCAGCAAUUGUCUCGAUGUCAUUGCCGAGAGAUAUAAUUACGAGCCCAGGGGUCAAGUCUAUGUAAAGGGUAAGGACAACAUGAAUGUAUUUCUGUUAAAGGGUAAAAAGAGCUGAAUAAGUAGUGGCAACUUUAGUUUAUUCACAAACAAUUUGUGAAUGUGAAUAAAUCGAAGUUUGCUUGUGGCCUAGCGGUGAUUGAAUAAUUAUUUUGAAAAUGGAAUCGCGCAUGGGUGUGUAUGUUGUCGAAUUCGAGCAAAGAAAUCUAGAAUAAUGUUCGAAAUUUUAUACGUGGGAUUGAAACUUUGAUAUCAUCAGGGAAUUUGGUAGAGAGAUAUUUUUUCAAUUUGAAAUCAUUGUGAAGAUUUACACUGACGCUAGUUACUUAAGGAUUGCUCAUUGAAAGUGAUCGAAAAAUUUUAAAGAUAUUCCUAUACUUUAAACAAAAAAACAUUAAAUUUGCAACAGCUAUUAUGCAAAAGGACUUGCAUGAUUCUUCAAAAGUUUUUGUACAUAAUGAAAAUCCGUUUUAUAAUCUAAUAAUAAUACCAGUUUUUUUACAUAUAUUCAAAUUAUAUGCUAAGAUACUGAUCACUUGUUACAUUAUAACAUUUUUUACGGUAGAUAGUCUUUUAAAAUAUUAGAUAGCGUUUCAAAUUUUUAUCAAAAAAAAAAAAAAAAAAAAAGCAAAAGACUUGGGAAGUCUUUAAGAAUACUAAAAACUAAUGUUGCUAAACAUUUAAUAAAACUACAAAAGUCUACUAUAUACAUAAUGACGAAAGAUUUUUCCAUAGCUUUUACUAAUUGAAAUUUUUUCUGUUCUCAAAUAAUACUAUUUAGCGACUCAUGCAAAAAUCAAAAAUAUACAUAUUUUUAAAUAAACUAUUAAUUUUAACGACUGAUAUCAAUUAAACAAUAAAGAGGAGGAUAGAAUUUAGAAAAUAAUAAAGAUAAAUAUUUAUUGAUUGCAAAAUAAAUAUUAAAAAGAAUUGAAAAUGGUCGCUCGAAAUAACCACUGUGAUAAGUAAUAUUAAAAUGCCUUUAUUCUUUAUCUGAAACUACCAAACAUUCACCCUAGAUAUCAAAUUUUCAACCCAUCCAUAGGCUUAUUAUACAAAGCUAAACAAAAAAUGGCCAAAAACUUUCUUGCUAUGAAAUAUAUAUAUAUAUAUACUAUCUACAAGUCACGCGCAUAUUGCAACUCCCUUUGUUCGAGGCAUACGCGAAACCUGGAUGCUCGUUAGAUUGUGAUAUGCGCACGCCUUAAUAUGCCUCGUUGAACGCUUGAAGAAAUUGAACUAUCAGCUCAUGCGAAAUAUAUUUAUUCCAAUAACAUAUUGUAUUUUUGUAAAUAAGUUACGCAGAAAUAGGCCGGAAAGCAAACGUGAGCAACGCCAAAGCCGUGUCUGCUAGCGAACAAUAUAUAAAAGAGAAAAUUUACGUUGAAUAAACUUAUCCUACAGAUAAACGCAGUGGUAAACGCGUCGCGAUGUCAAGUAUAUAUUGUUGUGACCGAGCCCGAACGUUGCGCGAUUCGAACGCCAAGAAUCGCGCAUAGCGACCCCUAGCAGCGUGAUCAACGACGUACCGUCGCGAAUGUUGUUGUUUAUAUUACAUUUAGUCUGAUCCUGACAGCUGAUGAGUCGGUCGUGUUUACGUAUUAUAUACAUUAGGAUAUAUUACGAAAGUUCGUACCAAAUGGUUUGUCAGUACAAUUAAAGGUGGAGUCAGUUUGGUGUAUAGCUUUCUGGCGAUAUUGCUUAGCUUCGGUCUCACGAGCGGUAGAUCCUCAGAAACUAUAUUAAAAAGGAAUACAUCCUUAAGGAUCAAAGUGAAAAUAUCGCAAGCAAAUACUGUCUUGUCACAUAUAACAGAUUUUAUUGUUUUAUUUAUUGUUUGUAUAUAAGUUACUCCGCAGUUAUUUUUUUAAUCAAGUUUCACAGAUCUUUACUGAGAAUUUUAAAAAUAUCCUAAUGAUUUUUGCUGCAAUUGUAUAUACUAAUGAACUUUUACAAUCAAAUGUGAUCAAAGUAAUCUAUUCCUCAAGUGUUUUUUUGUUGUUGUUACUAACUAUUUAAAUCGCUAUUUUUUAUUUUACAUAUCUUUAUUGUGUAUAAAUAUUGUAAAUUUUAGGAAAAAAACACUUGUAUGCAUCUUUAUUAAUUUGAUUUAUUAAUAUGUUUUCAAAAUAUACAUGUAUACCGCUCGUGAGGAGUACCGGGAAAAAAUUUGAUAUUUUAAAUUAACCAACCAUAAUAUUGUCUUCCGUGGCGCUGCUACCUUAUACGUAUCGUGAAACGUUUUAUUAGCUUUCGUGUAAGAUAAAUAUAUUGUCGAAGACGUUUUGUAUAUUGCGAGCUCUAAGAGAGUAUACAUAAGAUACUGCAUGCCCGAGUCUAGCAAAAUGUUUUCUUUCUAUCUUGUGACUCUUUGUACAGUGAUUGUAAAUUUCUUGCCGUGUGAAUCUCUCAUUAAGAAAUAACGUAUUGCCAGCUCAACUGGAGCGGAUAACUAUUUUGCAUUUUAAAGUUCUGUAUGACUACCUUGACGAAAAGAUUUGUUCUAUUCACUUUUGUAAUAAGAAUCUGCAUUUUUACGAAUUCGAAUAUUUUUCACGACUCUUUAUCUUCGCUCACGAUUGCUUCGUAAAUUUCUUGCUUAUAAUGGUCUUUUUGAUAGUAUUAAUUAUAUAAAUCACGCUCGCCGAAAAAUGAUCAAUUGUACAUAGAAAUAACGUAUUUUAUAGCUUGUAACAGAACAAAAUUAAGAAGAAAUAUUUUCGCCAGGGCCAUACAUUCCUUAACUCGAUUACCGAAACUCCGUUGUGUACCGAUGAGAUAUUUUAGUAGGUUUUUUUUUAAAGAUAAAAGGAACGAGAGAAAUGUGGAGACGGGUAAAUGUCAAAAAAAAAAUGUCAAUGCUAUUUUGUAUAUAGACGAUAUGAGAAAGACUGUCACGAGACUAGUUUGUCGCGCGAAAAGUGACUUUUCGUGUUUAUCUGCCUUGAUCCGCGUCAGAAAGUUUCGAAAUUUCAAAUGCCAAGCUCGAUUUUAUACUGCAAUCACUUGUCUGCGCGUACGAUUUUUUACACGUUGAUAAUUAGAAAGGUGAGAGAAAAUGAAAAGGAGAGAAAAUUAUAUUAUAUGUUGAUGGUUUAUUGGCUUUAAUGUUUUCACAGCAUCAUAAGUCAAAUUAUUCGUUAUACAUAUAUUAUAUUAUAUAUAUUACUGUGUGUGGAACUUUACAUGAAUGAUGAUAAAAGUAAGACGAGAGUAUCUUAAUAUAUGUAUAUUAUAAUUAUGUCAAUGUAUAUAUUACUUAUUAUCGUCGCCAAGAAAGACGAGUCUACGUUGUGAAGUGUUAUGAAGUAAAUUCUCGCAUGAAUUUUUAAAAGAUCAAAUGAGUUAUGUAAACGAAAAGAAAAAAA